AUGGCGGAGAUCAAGCCGCGGGGCGCGGACGCCGCACCGCCCGGCUAUUUCAGCCUCUGGUUCUCGGCCAUCAUGCCAACCAACAAGCUCGCGCACAAGCGCCGGCUCGAGGAGGAGGAUCUCCCAGGGCUCAUGGAGACUGACAAAGUGGCGGCCGUCUACUCGUCGUUCCAGUCGAGCUACAAGGCGCGCCCUCCCAACGACGCGCCCGGCUUCGGGCGCCGCGCCUCAACCCCCCAGCCCUGCCCCCAGGCGACACCGCUCGCCGGGCGCGCGCUUCGCCCGGCGGUGCUGCGGCUGGCGGGCGUGAGCGCGGUGCUUUACGGCCUGUACGUCGGCUGCAUCGUGGGAGGGCCGCUCAUCCUGCGCCGCUUCCUCGAGCUCAUCGUCGAGGAGCAGGCGUGCGACGCCCACGCCGGCAACGGCACCCUGCCCACCGAGUACGGCUUGAGCUGCGACGAGCGCUGGUUCGGGUACGUGCUCGCCGUCAUCCUGCUCGUGACGCGGAUCAUCGGCUCCUUCUGCCUCUCGCACUCGGAGAUGCUGAUGACGCGCGCGGCGCUGCGCGCGCGCUCCGUGCUCAUGACGGGCCUCUUCCGCAACGACCCUUCUCGGAUCCCUCUCGGAACCUUACUGCUAGGCGUGCACGAGUCGUCGACCGGCCAGAUCCAGACGCUGAUGGCCAUCGACGCGGAGGUGGUGCUGAUGGUUGCGCCGGUGGUCAACAUGCUCUGGUCGGCGCCGGUCCAGUUCGUCAUCUACCUCGUCCUGCUCGGCCUCCUCAUCGGCAAGGCGCUCGGCGUCGGCAUCGCCGUCAUGGCCUUCUUCCUCUUCGUCUCCAAGCGGCUGCUCAAGAUCCGGCGCGAGCAGCUCAAGCUCACCGACCAGCGCGUCAAGGUGACCAACGAGCUCGUGCAGGGGAUGCGCGUCGUCAAGCUCUGCGGCUGGGAGGAGUCGAUGAAGAGCCGCCUCCUCGCCAUCCGGUCCAAGGAGAUGGUCAAGAUCCGCGCGGGGCGGUACAUCACCGCCCUCUUCUCCACGCUGCUCGCGACGCAGCUCCUCUUUGUCGCCGUCGGAACCUUUGGCUCGUACGUCGGAUUCGGAGGCGCUCGCUCCGGGCCCGGAGGGAAAGGGGACCGCCGGGGCCCUCCCAUGAGCCUCCUCGGCGCCGUCCUAGGCACGCUCACCGGCCCGAGCACGAUGACUGCGCUCGCCUACCUGACGCAGCUUCGCUUCCCGCUCUCCUUCCUGCCCUUCAUCGUCAUCCAGACUCUCAACCUGCGCAUCUCGCUCACCCGCGUGAACCGCUUCCUCAAAAACAAGGAGAUUGGCCAAAAGACGCUCCUUCCCGCGCCCGCGCCGACGGCCGCCGACGAGGCCGCCGACGUGCUGCGCAAGGCGGCGUCGCCAGAGUCGUCGCCGCCGCCCUCGCCGCCGCCGCCCUCGCCGCCGCCCUCGCCGCCCGAGGUUCUCGAGACGCCGACCGAGGAGGGCUCCAUCACGCCGCCCGAGGCUACGGCCGCGGCGGCGGCGCUGCGCGGCUCCUUCCUGUGGUCGGCGCCCGACUUGCCGCCGCCGCGCAAGGGCAAGGGCAAGGGCGGAGGCGCAAAGGGCGGCGGGCGCGGCGGCGGGCGCACGCGUGCGCUCUCGUGGAAGCGCUCCUCCGUCGGCUCCUCCGCCGGCGGCGCGGCGGCGGGCGGCGGCCGCGGCGGCGGCGUGGCUCGCUCCUCAACGUCGGCCGUGCGGCUGUCGAGCCUCCGCCGCGCGCUGCGGCGCCCGCCCCCCGUGCUGGAGGAGCCGACGCGCUCCCACCCAGUGGCGAUGGGCGUGAAGGCGUCGCCGCUCGACAUGAUGGAGGACGCGCCGAGCAGCUCGCGCGCGCCCGCCAAGCCGACCCUGAUCGACCUCGACGUCGAGCUCAAGCGCGGCGAGCUGACGAUGCUCGCCGGCGCGGUGGGGUCGGGCAAGUCUUCGCUCCUCGUCGCGCUCCUCGGCGAGAUGGAGUCGGACCGCGGCGCCUCCUUCUCGCUCGACGGCUCGGUGGCCUACGCGGCGCAGACGCCCUUCAUCGCCUCGGACACGAUGCGUAGCAACAUCCUGUUUGGCUCGCCGAUGGACGAGGCGUGGUACGAGAAGGUGGUCGAGGCGUGCGCGCUGAGCGCCGACUUGGAGAUCCUCGCGGGCGGCGACAUGACGCAGAUCGGCGAGAAGGGCAUCAACGUCUCGGGAGGCCAAAAGGCGCGGAUCGCGCUCGCACGCGCCGUCUACGCGAACGCGGACAUCUACCUGCUCGACGACCCGCUCUCCGCCGUCGACGCGCACGUGGGCAAGCACCUCUUCCAGCGGGUCCUCGGGCCGCACGGCCUGCUCGCCGGCAAGACGCGGCUGCUCGUGACGCACCAGACGCAGUACCUGCCAGCCGCGGACGAGGUCCUCCUCAUGGAGGCGGGAGGCAUCCUCGCGCGCGGGGCGUACGCCGAGCUGCGCGCCUCGGCGGUGACGUCCGCCCUGCCCGCCCUCGCCGGGCUCGAGGAGGACCUGCAGCUCGACGCCGCGCCGGAUAGCGAGCCGGACGCGUCGGAGGGCGGCGGCGAGGCGGGCGGCGCGGACGUCGGCGAGGCGGACGGCGCGGACGGCGGCGAGGCGGGCGGCGCGGACGGCGGCGAGGCGGACGGCGCGGGCGCAAAGGGCGAGCGGCCUUCGCUCAGCGAGCAGACGAUCGGCCUGCGCGAGCGGACGGUGGUCGAGAUCGGCGACGCGAGGAAGGACGACGCCGGCGCUCACCUGAGCACGCUGGAGGAGCGGCAGACGGGCUCGAUCUCGUCCGCAGUGUGGCGCGCGUACAUCGCCGCGGGGGGCGGGCGGGGCCUCGUCCUCAUCGCAGCCGUCAUGUGCUGCGUCGACCGCGCGCUCGUCACGAUGACCGACAUCUGGCUGACGUACUGGAUCGAGGCGAAAUGGGACCGGCACCCCGACGACAUCGACUUUUGGAUCCCGAUCUACGUCGCGUUUGCCUUUUGCGCCUCGAUCGCCGUCUACGGCCGCUCGGUCUUCGUGCUGGUCGUGAUCGGCUGCCGCGCCGCGGCGAGGCUGCAGGUCCAGCUGCUCGACACGAUGCUGCGCGCGCCGACCUCCUUCUUCGAGACGACUCCCUCCGGGCGGAUCCUGAACCGCUUCACCUCCGACACGGAGAUGUGCGACAACACCGUGCUGAUGAACCUGCAGCAGUGGAUCAACUGCAUCAUGCCCAUCGCCUCGACCAUCGUCGUGGUCUCCGUGGUGAACCCGAUCUUCGUGCCGUGGCUCCUCGUCCUGUGCGUGCUGUACGUCUGCCUCUACCGCUUUUUUGUGUCGCGCUCCCCGAUCUACUCGCAGUUCUCCGAGACGCUCUCCGGCCUCACCACCAUCCGCUCCUACGGCGCGGAGCGCCGCUUCGAGGCGGACGCGGAGCGGCUCGUCAACCGCAACACGCGCUCCGCCUACGCGCAGUACCUGCUCCAAGCCUGGGUCUCCCUCUUCCUCGACAUGAUGGCGUCCUCCAUCGUGUUUUGCGCCGCGCUGCUGCCGCUGGUCGCCCUCGAGCUCGGCUGGACCAUCGAGGUCGCACUCGUCGGCCUCUCCCUCACCUACACCUUCGAGCUCUCGCAGUUCCUCAAGCACGCGACGCGGAUGACGCUCGAGCUCCAAAAGUCCUUCGCCGGCACCGCGCGGGCUCGCGGCGGCAUCGAGCGCAUCGUCGAGUACAUCCGCCACGUCCCGGCGGAGCGGCAGGGCGGCGACGCGCCGCCCGCCGCCAGCUGGCCCUCUGCGGGCGUCAUCGUCGUCACCAAUCUCACCGUCCGCUACCGGCCGGAGCUGCCGCCGGCGCUGCGGGGCGUGAGCUGCGCGAUCCCCGCAAAGGCAAAGGUGGGCGUCGUCGGCCGCACGGGCAGCGGCAAGUCCACCUUCCUCUCGACCGUCUGGCGCGCCGCGCGCCAGAGGGUGGGCGAGCAGCGGCGCCCGCGCCUCAUCGAGGCGGAGGGGGGCGCGGACGGGCGUGGGCUCGGCGCGAUCCAGAUCGACGGCGUCGACAUCUCGCGCCUCAACCUCUCGCAGCUCCGCUCGCGGCUGGCAAUCAUCCCGCAGGACCCGGUGCUCUUCAACGACACGGUGCGGUACAACCUCGACCCUUUCGGCACCGCCGACGACGACGAGCUCGAGCGCGUGCUCGAGCUGGUGCAGCUGGCCGACGCGAUCCGCGCCGUCGAGGGCGGCCUCGACCACAAGGUGUCCGAGGGCGGCGCAAACUUCUCCGUCGGCCAGCGCCAGCUGCUCUGCCUCGCGCGCGCCACGCUGCGCCGCUCCUCUGUGCUCGCGCUCGACGAGGCGACCGCCUCGAUCGACAACGAGACGGACGCGGUGCUGCAGACGGCGAUCCGGCAGAUGUUCGCCGAGUGCACGGUCCUCACGAUCGCGCACCGCCUCCACACCAUCAUGGACUCGUCGCACGUGAUGCUCUUCGACGCGGGCGCCCUGGCCGAGUUCGACGACCCGCACCGCCUGCUGUCCGACCCCGCCUCCUCAUUCUCGCAGCUGGUCGACAAGACCGGCUCCGCUGCGCCGCAGCUUCGCCAGAUGGCGCGAGCGGCGCACGAGGCGCGCGCCGGCGGGAGGUCGCGCUUGGCUGGCCUCGACACGGACGGCGACGGCGUCGUGGACGUCACGGAGCUCGCCGCGCUCACCGGCGGCGACGCUGCGGCGGCGCGCCUGGCGGCGCUCGACAGCAACCAGGACGGCGUGCUCGACGAGAGCGAACUGAAGUCCACAAGGUCGGCCAUCGGCGCCGCUUCGCGCUUGUGAUGGAGUGGACGGUUGCGGGCAGGAGGCUGGCGCAGCCGGCGUGGUGGCUGCGAGGUGGGCGAGCCGGACUCUUACUUGCCAGCAGAGGGCGCCCGCCUGGAGAUGUGGUGGUGUCGGCUCGUGGUGUUUGGAGAGAAAGCACAGAAAGGGGCACAUGACUGUCGAGACAGUGCGGGGAUAUUAUUAUCGUGGUUUGUAAAAGCGACAAGAGAGAG